UCUUCCUCUUCUUCACUUUAUAUCUCUCUCCCUCUCUUCUUUCUCCCUCUCUUUUCACUCCUCCCUCCCCACUCACUCAUUAUUCCUCUCCUCUCAUCCAGUUGCUUUUGCCAGCCGCCUGUUCUGACUGUGUCUGUUCGGUUCUUCUGGGCUUCACUGGUCAUUCCUGCUUCUCCAUACACCAGCGAUCCUCUCCUUUCCUUUGGAUAUCUCCAGCCAUGAGCCCGGGAGCUCCGCAGACGGAGAAGAAGAUGAAGCAGUCUCUGGGUGGGAGUGCGGGACAUGGCAGCACCGACCGUGGACUUGCAGAUCACAGACUAGGAGAAUCUCAGGAACCUCCACCACUGAAGAACUACAUCUUCCUCACCAUCUUCACCUGCUUCUGUCCGGCAUGGCCCAUCAACAUUGUGGCCCUGGUCUUCUCUGUGAUGUCCCAGAGUAGUUAUGAUGAUGAAGACUAUGACGGUGCCCAGCGCCUGGGUAGGAAGGCCCUGCACAUGGGCAUAGCCUCCAUGAUCAUUGGCAUCCUCAUCAUCAUGAUAUUCACCAUCGUCCAUUUCACAACGAAAGCAAUAUGAAACAACUCGGAGAAACCAUCCAAGCCAAAACAUCAGAUAAACAAACAUAUAAAGAUAUACUGUAUAUCCUGGAGGAGUAACUAUUCUCAACAAAGGAAUCGAUGCCUACGGACACAUCAGAGAGACUGGACCCACACACUGGGGCAGGCUUGGUCUCCCUCCCUCUCUCUCUCUCUCUCCUUUUUUUCCCAUCUCCCUCUCUCUGCCUGCUACAAAGAGAGGCUGUGGGCAGGAUCUGUCUUAUUUUUAACAUUCAGCUCAGUACCAUUUCCAGCACGUCCCUCUACGACUCCAACUGAGCGAGGGAAGCACUGACUGAUCUCUGUAAACUCACGCCCCAGCUAAGGCUACCAGGUCAACAGAGGUGCCGUACAUAUGAGGACGAUGUACUUUCUUCACAGAUGGUCUUACCGCUACUGCUACACCCUGUUUUCAAUACCCAAUGAUCCCCCACAUUUUAUAUCAGUAUCUCAAAUGUGAUUUCCUGAACCUAACCAGUGAAGUCAAGUCAUAGCUGUGUUUGAAACACUACAUUAAAAAAGUAUGAUAUUUCCCAAAAAUAUAUGUCCCUAUAUCUCAGCUCAGCUCAUCAGCUGUGAACUAACUCAUAUAUUGUAUUAUUUUUAUAAAUAAUAUAAUGCUUUCCGUUUGCACCCAAUUACAUUAUUGCAUAAUACAGUUUUUCUCGAUUCCUUUGACCUGCUUAAAGAAACUGGGAUCCACUUGGUCUUCAUUAACACCUUCUUUGCACAGCAGAAGUAAUCUCUUGCAAAUUUGCUCACACAUUUUCAAACUCUAUUGAUUUUCCUGUGCUAAACAAAAAGAAAACUAAGAAGAAAAUCUAUUCACAGGUGGUAAAGAUCCCUUGCAUAAGUCUGAAUCUCUGAUACACCUGUGUGAAUCUCCUUUGCACACUUUUUCAAUAAGCAAUCAUUCAUUAUCCAUCAGACAUACAAUGUCUGUUCUGUGUUGCUAUUUGCAAAUGGAUCUAAGGCACAUUUAGAGAAAGUACUGCAUUGCCUAUGUGGUGAAGAAAAAAGUACAAAAGCUGACAAGUCCAAGUGUUUACUGUAGGUCUAUUUCAAUGAAUAAUGACAAAUGUGUCUUGUCUAUGUCUUACAUGUCAUGAAAUGUGUCUUGUCCAGGUCUUACAUGUCAGUGACAAUUAGGAGGCUGAAACUCUUCAUUUUGAGAACUAUGUUUUGCAUUUUGUUGUCCGGUGUGCAAUGAUUGAUUGAAAUCACACAGUGAUUUAACCCCAAUAUGUGUUGUUUAAAGGAACCGUAUGU